GAAAGCAGAAGCGAGCCCUGCCCCGGGGAGUCCCACAGGAGCGGGGAUCUGGGAAGAGAAACUUCCGGACUAGGGAGCUGGAGCCGUGGACCCCCGGCCCCCGCCCGGGCGUCCUGCGUCGGAGGAGGGUCUCUGCGUCGGGCAGGGGCCACCUCUUGGCCCGCCCCUUGUGGCUGGACGUCCGAAGAUUGGGCCAUUUCCCUUGCCGCGCCCUUACCGCUUAUCGGGGUGCGCCCGGCCCGGCCCGCCCCACCCAGCCCUCCCCUCGCGCCCGGAGAGGAGGGACCGCUGGCGCAGCGCCCCGGGACCCCGAGAGGCCGCCGCGGCACAUCCAGACCUCCGCCGCUCCCGCGCCCUCUCAACCAUCCUGGGAUUCCCUGGCCCACCCGACCCAGCGGCGCGACCCUGGCCCUCCGGGACCCUCCGCUGACUCUACCGCGCACUUCCCGGGGCCCCCAGACACAUCCCAGCCCUCCAGCGCAUCCCUCCCUACUCGGUGCCGGGUGCCCCCGGCCCUCUCCAGGCCCGGAUCUGUUCCCCCAGCUCCCCGGGGCGGCCCCAGCCAGGCCCUCUUCGAACCCCGCCGGCGGCUCGGGCUGGGGCGCACCAUGCGGCUGCGGGUGCUGCGGCUGCGGCUCCGGCUUCUGGCGCUGCUGCUCCUGCUGCUGCCACCGCCCGCGCUCGCCCCGAAGCCCUCGGCGCAGGACGUGAGCCUGGGCGUGGACUGGCUGACUCGCUAUGGUUACCUGCCGCCACCCCACCCUGCCCAGGCCCAGCUGCAGAGCCCUGAGAAGUUGCGCGAUGCCGUCAAGGUCAUGCAGAGGUUCGCGGGACUGCCGGAGACCGGCCGCAUGGACCCAGGGACAGUGGCCACCAUGCGUAAGCCCCGCUGCUCCCUGCCUGACGUGCUGGGGGUGGCAGGGCUGGUCAGGCGGCGUCGCCGGUACGCUCUGAGCGGCAGCGUGUGGAAGAAGCAAACCCUGACAUGGAGGGUACGUUCCUUCCCCCAGAGCUCCCAGCUGAGCCAGGAGACCGUGCGGGUCCUCAUGAGCUAUGCCCUGAUGGCCUGGGGCAUGGAGUCAGGCCUCACAUUUCAUGAGGUGGAUUCGCCCCAGGGCCAGGAGCCCGACAUCCUCAUCGACUUUGCCCGCGCCUUCCACCAGGACAGCUACCCCUUCGACGGGUUGGGGGGCACCCUAGCCCAUGCCUUCUUCCCUGGGGAGCACCCCAUCUCUGGGGACACUCACUUUGACGAUGAGGAGACCUGGACUUUUGGGUCAAAAGACGGUGAGGGGACUGACCUGUUUGCCGUGGCUGUCCAUGAGUUUGGCCACGCCCUGGGCCUGGGCCACUCCUCAGCCCCCAACUCCAUUAUGAGGCCCUUCUACCAGGGUCCGGUGGGCGACCCUGACAAGUACCGCCUGUCUCAGGAUGACCGCGAUGGCCUGCAGCAACUCUAUGGGAGGGCGCCCCAAACCCCAUAUGACAAGCCCACAAGGAAACCCCUGGCUCCUCCUCCCCAGCCCCCGGCCUCACCACCAGGCAGCCCGUCCUUCCCCAUCCCUGAUCGAUGUGAGGGCAAUUUUGAUGCCAUCGCCAACAUCCGAGGGGAAACUUUCUUCUUCAAAGGCCCCUGGUUCUGGCGCCUCCAGCCCUCCGGACAGCUGGUGUCCCCGCGGCCCGCGCGGCUGCACCGCUUCUGGGAGGGGCUGCCCGCCCAGGUGACGGUGGUGCAGGCCGCCUAUGCUCGGCACCGAGACGGCCGAAUCCUCCUCUUCAGCGGGCCCCAGUUCUGGGUGUUCCAGGACCGGCAGCUGGAGGGCGGGGCGCGGCCGCUCACAGAGCUGGGGCUGCCCCCGGGAGAGGAGGUGGACGCCGUGUUCUCAUGGCCACAGAACGGGAAGACCUACCUGGUCCGCGGCCGGCAGUACUGGCGCUACGACGAGGCGGCGGCGCGCCCGGACCCCGGCUACCCUCGCGACCUGAGCCUCUGGGAAGGCGCGCCCCCCUCCCCCGACGAUGUCACCGUCAGCAACGCAGGUGACACCUACUUCUUCAAGGGCGCCUACUACUGGCGCUUCCCCAAGAACAGCAUCAAGACAGAGCCGGACGCCCCCCAGCCCAUGGGGCCCAACUGGCUGGACUGCCCCGCCCCAAGCUCUGGUCCCCGCGCCCCCAGGUCCCCCAGUGCGACCCCCGUGUCCGAAACCUGCGAUUGUCAGUGCGAGCUCAACCAGGCCGCAGGACGGCGGCCUGCUCCCCUCCCGCUGCUCCUCUUGCUCCUGCUGGUAGGGGGUGUAGCCUCCCGCUGA